AUGAGUGCGGCCGAACAUUCCGGCUCCGGCAGCCAGGUAGCGACUUCGAGCACGAUGCUCAGUUUGGCCGAUAAGCAGAAGUACAUCGAAAACUACGACUUCCCGUACUGCGACGAGUCCAGCAAGUACGAGAAGGUGACCAAAAUUGGCCAAGGAACUUUCGGUGAGGUGUUCAAAGCGAGAGAGAAGAAAUCGACAAAAAAGUUUGUUGCCCUGAAGAAGGUGCUGAUGGAGAACGAAAAGGAAGGCUUCCCGAUUACGGCGCUGCGUGAGAUUCGUAUUUUACAGCUGUUGAAACACGAGAACGUGGUGAACUUAAUAGAGAUCUGCCGUACCAAAGCCACAGCCCACAAUCGGUACCGCUCGACGUUCUACCUGGUGUUCGAUUUCUGCGAGCACGAUCUGGCAGGGCUGCUGUCGAACAUCAACGUCAAGUUCAACCUGGGCGAGAUCAAGAAAGUGAUGCAGCAGCUACUAAACGGAUUGUACUACAUCCACAGCAAUAAGAUUCUACACCGUGACAUGAAGGCAGCGAACGUGUUGAUAACGAAGAACGGUGUCCUGAAACUGGCCGAUUUCGGUCUGGCGCGUGCAUUUAGCGUAUCCAAGAAUGGUCAACCGAAUCGCUACACGAACCGUGUCGUCACGUUGUGGUACCGACCGCCAGAGCUACUGCUGGGCGAUAGGAACUACGGCCCACCGGUUGACAUGUGGGGCGCUGGGUGCAUUAUGGCCGAAAUGUGGACCCGUUCACCGAUCAUGCAGGGCGCAACGGAGCAGCAGCAGCUGAUACUGAUCUCGCAGCUUUGCGGUUCCUUUACGAGUGAUGUCUGGCCGGAUGUUGACAAUUUGGAGCUUUUCCACAAGAUGGAACUUCCGAUGGGUCACAAGCGGAAGGUACGGGAACGUCUGCGACCGUACGUGAAGGAUCCGAACGGAAUCGAUCUGCUCGACAAUCUGCUGAUGCUGGAUCCGAAGAAGCGCAUCGACGCCGACACGGCCCUUAACCACGAUUUUUUCUGGACCGAUCCGAUGCCGUGUGAUUUGAGUAAAAUGCUGUCGCAGCAUACACAAAGUAUGUUCGAGUAUCUGACACCGCCACGACGCCCCGGGCACGGACGACACUACCAGCAGCAGAUGGUGAACAUGCAGGCGAAACCACAGGACAAUAGCUAUCAAGAUCGUGUGUACUAA